GGGGAGCAUGAGGCAGCCGUCCGGGCUCGGUUGCCUGCCGGGGUCUUCUGGCUCCCUGAGAAUGUGGCAGGAGACGCACGGAGAAAGGUGCCAGAAAGACUUGGCGUACCUGCAGCAAUGGCUGGAAACAUUUGUCGCAAAUUUUGAGAAGAUCAUCGCUGUGCACUCGCUGGAUCCAAGGAGGCCAGAGGACUCCGUCUCCGAGAUUCCCCUGCUGCCCCGAGAUGUCCUGCAGGUGCUGACCCAACAGCUGACGUGCAGCGUGGCCCAGAUCUCAAACGAUGCCGUGGCCGAGGCAGGGCUCAGCCGGGCCCUCCUGCUUGUCAAGUUCUUCAUCAUCAUUUGCAGGAAUCUGGAAAACGUCCAAGCAGACCGGCCCCCGGCAUUUGUUCACGAGGUGAUCAGUUUGCUGUCUGCCUGUUCUAACAAGCUCAAGAACGCCCCGGGGCAGGAUUUGUUCUACAGGGGUCAGCUGGAAAACAUCACUUUGUAUGCUCUGCACCUCUGCGAGUGCCUCUUUGAUCCCUACCAGACCUGGAGGAGACAACAGAGCGGGGAGAUCGUCAGCAUGAAAGAGAAGAGCAAAUACAAGUUUGUUCCGGCUGUGCUGCCUGCAGAGUUCGGCUCCUUCUUCCAAGAGUGUUUCCAAGAGGAGGAACAGCUUCCGGAGGCGCUCCAGCUACGGCUCAUCCACCUCUUCGGUGCCGUGAUCUCGGGAUCCAAGCAAAAUGCCCUGGCGUUGGUCACGCCGUCUUUGGUGGAGGUCUUGAUGCUGGUCCUCCGGAGGUGGUGCUGCCCUGCAAGCGGACCACCCAAAGAUCUCCGGUCGCUCCAGCUGACCUUGAAGGCCUUGGUCGAGAUGGUCCACGUUCUCCACGCCAGCAGCCCCAGCCAACGCCAAGUAGAGAUCCGGUCCAUCUUGGGCAGUUUCUUCAAGGUUCUCAACUCUGACCAGCCCAUGGCUGCUCUGGACGGUUCUCCAGGACCUCACUGGGAGGAGAAACUCAUCACCCUCAGGGUGAACAUGUUGGAUGCGAUUCCGGAAAUGCUGGACUGCAACGACCGGCCCGUCUUGCAGGCGAUAUUCCUCAGCAAUAACUGUUUCGAACACAUAAUUCGGCUCAUCCAAAACAGCAAGCUGUACCUAAGCGCUGAGUGCAAAUCUUCAGGGACCGAUCUCACCACCGGGCUGCUGACUGAGAUGGAUAUCCAGAAAGUCUUUGACACGCGUUCGGAUGCCCUCGCAGUUCAUGCCAUCGGGGUGCUCACAUCCAUCAUGAGCGGAUCCCCUUCAGCCAAGGAGGUGUUCAAAGAAAGGAUCGGCUACUCCCACUUGUACGAAGUUCUCAAGAGCCAGAGCCAGCCCACCAGGAGACUGCUGCAGGAGCUACUGAACAUGGCGGUUGAAGGUGACCACGCCUCCUGCCCCACCCGCCCGAUCCACAACGAGCAGCCCCUGUUGAUACUGGUCACGUGGCUUCCAGAACUGAAAUCCCAGGACCUGCAGAUCUUCCUUUCCGACUGGCUGAAGAAAAUCUGCGACUCCUCGCUGCAGAGCCGCACGACGUGCGUGAAGGCGGGGAUGGUCAGCUGCCUCUUGGACGCCCUGUGCGCCGCCGAGCACGAACUGGACGGGAAGUGUGCCGAGAACCUCAUACGCCUGCUGCAAGUUCUGGGCAGCCUCUCCAUCCGGCCGGGCGAAUUCAAGCAACUCCUUAAGCUGCUCCGGACCGACCCGGGCAAGGGAGCCCAUCCGUACACCACCCAAGUCAUCCGCGCGCUCUCGGGCAUGGCCCGGAAGGAUAGCCCGGAGCGAGCGUUGCAGUACUUUGACCUCACCCCCAGCAUGGCGGGGAUUAUGGUGCCUGCCAUCCAGAAGUGGCCCGGAAGCGGGUUCGCCUUCCACGCCUGGGUGUGCCUCGUGGAGGAAGUGAAGGAAUCCCCCGAGGAGGUGGCCAAGUUGAAGCGAAAGCAGCUGUACAGCUUUUUCACAGCCAGCGGGACAGGCUUUGAGGCCUUCUUCACAGCUGACGGGAUGCUUGUGGUAGCUGUGUGCACAAAGAAGGAGUAUAUGACAGUUGCUCUCCCGGAGUUUCCUUUCAACGACAGCGCCUGGCAUUGCGUCGAUAUCGUCCACAUCACUGGCCGCCGGCCCUUCGGACAGAAUCUCGUGAACGUCUAUGUGGACGGGCAGCUCAAAAAAAUGGCUCAGCUACGUUUUCCCUCCCUGGGUGAGUCCUUCUCUUCCUGCUGCAUUGGCUCUGCCGGCCACCGAACGACCACCACCUCCACCACCCUGCCGUCGCCGUGUCACUCACCAGACUUGACCUUCCCGGCCCACCCUCCUUUGAGCCGCUCCCAAUCUUUCCCAGCCUCUCUCGCGCCACAUGCAUGGAUGCCCAUUCCGUCUCAGGUCACGCGGGAAGGCGUGGUGUCCACAACGCUCGCGGGGAGCCAGGAUACGGAGUGGGGGAUGCCCACGUCGCUGGAGGGCCACCUCGGGUCCAUCUCGAUCUUCUGUGAAGCGCUCCAGCCGGCUCAAGUGAAGGCGCUCUACUCUUUAGGACCAAAUGUUACCUCACCAUUCAAGCCAGAAGGGGACUUCCUGGAGCUCAGUAGCAAACUGCUUCUGUAUUACACCCCACAGGCUUGCAAGAGCAACAUCUGCCUGGAUCUCUCGCCGAACCACUUCUUUGACGGGAGGCUAACAGGGCACAAGGUGGUGAACUGGGAUGUCAAGGACGUGGUCAACUGCGUCGGGGGCCUGGGGGUGCUGCUCCCCCUGCUGGAUCAGGUGGCGUCUCAGAAAAAGGAGUCGGAAGACCAUCAGGAAACCCACGACCUGGUGGGCCCGGAGCUGACUUCUUCCCGGAACGCCCAGGGCAUGCUCAUCCCACUGGGGAAAUCCUCAGAAAGCCGGCUGGAGAAGAACGGGGUGGCCGCUUUCCUCCUCUUGGUGAAAAACUUUAUCCGAGGCCACCCUGUCAAUCAAGAGAGCCUGGUCCAAUGCCAUGGGCCACCGAUCAUCGGAGCCCUCCUCCAGAACGUCCCCAGCCAGAUGAUGGACAUGAACGUGCUGAUGGCCUCUGAGAUCCUCAUGGACCAGGUGGCCUCUGAAGGGCACCAUCUUCUGCUGCACCUUCUCUACCAGUAUCUGCUUUUCGACUUCAGCAUCUGGAGCAACUGCGAUUUCGCCGUCCGGUUGGGCCAUAUCCAAUAUCUGUCCAACAUAAUUAAGGAUCACAAACAAAGGAUCCGGAAGAAGUAUGGAGUCCAGUACAUCCUAGAUUCCAUCAGGACCUAUUAUGGGACUUACAAGGAGAAGCCGGUGGCGACGGACGACAUCAAGACAGUGCAGACGUCUCUCUUCAGUCUGGUCAAGGACUUCUUGAGCAGGAGCUUCUCCACAGAGGAGAUGCGAUGUGCCCUCAACUACCUUGCCGCUGUGAACGAUGAACACCAGGUGUGUGGGGUGCUGGAGGUGAUGCACAGUUUGCAGAAAAGCUCCCCUGCCCAGGAACAGCUCUUCACGUUUCUGUUUGAGCCGGGAAACAUAGAGAUCUUUUUCUCGCUUCUGGUUCAGAGGAAGUUCUCUGACGACAUGCGCGAGAGGAUAUUCAAGAUCCUAUACAAGCUGCUGAAAUACGAGAAGGUGAGCGAGAGGAGCAAACACCGCCUGAAACUGAAGGACAUUGGCUACCAGGGCUUCAUUUCCUACCUGAACGACGUCCCUGUCUCUAUGCAACUGUUCCGCCACCUCUUAGAACAGGUCCUGGGGUCAGAUGCCCCAGACUACAAAGAUUUGGUGGCGGUGGUUUACCUGUCCCACCGGGCAGAACUGACUGCCCGGCUGAACAUCUGCAGAAAGCUCUUCCACCUGAUCUACUCCCAGCACGACAUGGUGAAGCAACUGGCCAAGUUGGCCGGCUGGCAAGAUACCCUCACCAAGCUGUACGUCAAGGAGUCCUACGAGUCCCGCCAACACAGUUUGUCCGGCUCCAGCAACAGCGGGGGCUGCUUAGAGCUCCUGAGGCUGUCCAGCCAACCAGCUCCAGAAACGGGGAAGGAGCCCGCGGAGGCCCUGAGUCUCCGCCUUCUGUCCGAGCCACUCCUCCUCCCUCCCUCCAACAUCGUUGAUCUUCCCGGGCAGGGUGAGGGCCACGCUGGCGACAUGAUCCACGUGGACAAAGUCUACCACCCUCUUUCCCCUUUUCUCCAUGUCCCCCUUCGACCUUGGCUUGGACGUGGGUAUAGUAGCAGCUCCGCUGCCACGCCGGUGAGCGCUGAGAACCGGAUCGCACCGGGUCAGCCUGCCCGGACCCUUCCCCGGCUGGAGAACUUCUCAAGUCCUUCCUGGGGCACCCCCCCCCGGCCGGAAGAGCUCCCAGCCUCCUCUCCAACGUGCAAGUUGGAUGAAACCAGCUACCAGGCUCAGAGACCUUUGCCCAGCCGCAUAACAUUCCUCAACACAAGCAACCCGCAGCAAACCCCCGAGGAAGAACUCUGCAACCUCCUCACCAACAUCAUCUUCUCCGUCACCUGGCGAGGGGUGGAGGGGUGGGACGACGCGGCCUGGAAGGAGCGGGGCCAGGUCUUCUCUGUCCUCACCAAGCUGGGCUCGGCCUGCGAGCUGGUGCGCCCCCCGGACGAGAUCAAGCGGAGCCUUCUGGAGAUGAUGCUGGAGUCGGCCUUGACGGACAUCAAGGAGUCCCCUCCGGCGAUGCUGCCCGGCCUCACGCAGAAUGCGCUGAAACUUCUGCGCCUCCUCCAGGAUUUCUUGUUUUCAGAGGGUCACAGCAACCCGGCCUUGUGGAGUGAGAAGGUCUACGAAGGUGUCAACAACCUGCUGGAGAGGUUGGCGGUCUGGUACCACCUGGCCAACGGUACCUCAGACUUGAAGGAGAUGGCCCAGAUCGGCCUGCGUUUGCUAGUCGGCUAUAUUAUGUUAGAAGACGUGCAGCUGCAGCCCUUGGCCUACGCGAAGCUCCACACCCUUUUGCAAACAGCCUCAGCUCCAAAGAAAGAGGAAGCUUGCUACCUGCUGGGCAAGCUGGAAACUCCGCUCCAGCGCUUGCUGCACACCAAGUCGGAGGCCGUAUCCUGGCUGGUGCCCAUCAUCCGCACGCUGAUGGACCAGUGUUACGAGACCCUGCAGCUCCACCUCUUUCUCCCUUCCCUGCCCCCCACCAACGGCAGCCCCACAUUCUUCGAGGACUUCCAGUUGUUCUGCACCACUCCAGAGUGGCAGGCAUUCAUCGAGAAACAAGUGCAGCCCAACAUGACCCAGUUUGAAAUGGACACGUUUGCCAAGAGCCACGACCACAUGUCCAACUUCUGGAACUCCUGUUACGACGCUCUGAUGAGCAGCUCCUUGAGGAGAGAGAAGGAGAAAGCGGAGAGCAGGAGGAAGUUCCAGGACCUCAUCUUGGAACCGGUGAUGAAGCGGGCCAAGUACGAGAACAUCCGGCACACGAACAUGCUGAAGCAGCUCAACAACCACCACAACGCCGUCUUGAAGCAGUGGAGAGCUCUGAAGCGCCUGCUGACCUCUCCGUGCUCCGCCUGGGCUGACCGGAACCCUCUCAAGAUGCACUGGAAGCUGUCGAAUGCGGAGACCUACUCUCGGAUGAGGCUGAAGCUGGUGCCCAAUUACAACUUCGACAGCCACACGGAGGCCAGCGCUCUUCGCGACAACCUAGGGGCCGAUUACUCUCCCAAGCCAGCUGAGGCCUUCCCCCUUGCAGUCGCCAAGGAGGCGAAGGUCAGUAAGAUGCAGGACGACCAGCUGGCGGAAGAAGAACUCCUGUUCCCAGAAAAUCAGGUUGAGACCAAGGAACAGAGUCAGCGUGAGAAGCUGGUGAUCGCGGAGGACUGCGAGAUGAUUACCACAGUGGCUGUGGUCCCGGGACGCCUGGAGGUCACCACCCAGCACCUCUACUUCUAUGACGGCAGCAGCGACAAAGAGGAGACUGACGAAGGAAUCGGUUACGACUUCAAGCGCCCGCUGUCUCAGCUCCGGGAACUGCACCUUCGCCGUUACAACCUCCGCCGGUCUGCCCUGGAGUUCUUCUUCAUCGACCAAGCCAACUACUUCCUCAACUUCAAGAAAAAGGUUAGAAACAAGGUGUAUUCUUCGAUCCUGGGCCUGCAACCUCCAAACCAGAUCUAUUACGGCAGCCGUUCUCCUCAGGAGUUACUGAAGGCCUCGGGCUUGACUCAGAAAUGGGUUUACCGGGAAAUCUCCAACUUUGAGUACCUCAUGCAGCUCAAUACAAUUGCAGGCCGCACUUACAAUGACCUCUCCCAGUAUCCCGUGUUUCCAUGGAUCCUGCAGGAUUACGUCUCAGAGACACUGGAUCUCAACAACCCCGCUGUGUUCCGGGAUCUUUCCAAGCCCAUCGGGUUGGCCAACGAGAAACACGCCAAGGAUGUUAAAGAGAAGUACGAGAGCUUUGAGGACCCCACAGGCAUGAUUGACAAGUUCCACUAUGGCACUCACUACUCCAACGCAGCCGGUGUCAUGCACUACCUGAUCCGUAUGGAGCCGUUCACAACCCUUCACAUCCAGCUGCAAAGCGGAAGGUUUGACUGCUCCGACCGCCAGUUCCACUCUGUGCCCGCCGCCUGGCAAGCCCGUAUGGAAAACCCUGUGGACGUGAAGGAGCUGAUCCCGGAAUUCUUUUACUUCACGGACUUCUUGGAGAAUCAAAAUGGCUUCGAUCUGGGCUGCCUUCAGCUAUCCAAUGAAAAAGUGAGGGAUGUGGUCCUUCCCCAGUGGGCGAAAACCCCCGAAGAUUUUAUCCGCAAGCACAAACAAGCGCUGGAAUCGGAGUAUGUAUCCGCCCAUCUCCACGAAUGGAUUGAUCUCAUCUUCGGAUACAAACAGAGGGGCCCAGCUGCUGUGGAGGCACUGAACGUCUUCUACUACUGCACCUACGAAGGGGCGGUCGAUUUGGACGCCAUUGCUGACGAAACUGAGAGGAAAGCUUUGGAAGGCAUCAUCAGCAACUUUGGGCAGACCCCGUGCCAGCUCCUCAAGGAGCCCCACCCAGCUCGCCUGUCGGCUGAAAACGCCGCCCGAAGGCUCGCUCGGUUGGACACUUCGUCCCCCAACGUGUUUGAGAACCUCAGUGAACUCAAAUCCUUCUUUGUGGAGGGCAUCAGUGAUGGGAUUCCUCUGGUGCAAGCCGUGGUCCCGAAGAACCAAGCGCACUCGUUCAUGACUCAGGGAUCUCCUGACAUGCUGGUCACUGUCAGCGCCAACGGGCUGCUCGGGACGCACGGCUGGCUGCCCUAUGACAAAAACAUCUCCAAUUAUUUCAGCUUCACCAAAGACCCCACGGUCUCCAACUCCAAGACCAAGCGCUACUUGUCUGGCCCCUUUGCGCCAGGGGUUGACUUGUCCUUCAAGACCCUCGCUGUCUCUCAUGACGGGAAGCUCCUCUUCAGUGGGGGGCACUGGGAUAACAGCUUGCGCGUCACCUCCCUGAGCAAAGGGAAAGUUGUCGGGCACAUCAACAGGCACAUAGAUGUCAUCACUUGCCUGGCCUUAGACCUCUGCGGAAUCUACCUCAUUUCUGGAUCACGGGAUACCACCUGCAUGGUAUGGCAGGUCCUCCAACAGGGUGGUUUCUCUUGUGGCCUGGUGCCCAAGCCUGUCCAGGUUCUCUACGGGCAUGAUGAUGAAGUCACAUGUGUUGCCGUGAGCACCGAGUUGGACAUGGCCGUGUCGGGGUCAAAGGACGGCACCAUCAUCAUCCACACCAUCCGCCAAGGGCAGUUCAUGAAGUCGCUCCGGCCUCCCUGCGAGAGUUCCCUGCCCAUCACUGUCUCCAGCCUCACCGUGGGCCAAGAGGGCCAGAUCGUGGUCCAUACCACCGUGGAGGGAAGGGCCUCCUUGAAGGACAAGUUUGCCCUGCACUUGUACUCGGUCAACGGCAAGCACCUGUCUUCUGUCCCAUUGGAUGAGGAGGUCACCGCCAUGUGCAUCUCUGGGGAGUUUGUGGUGCUGGGGACCAUCCAGUGUUCACUGCAGAUCCGGGAGCUUUGGAGCCUCCGAGCGGCCGUUUCCCCUUUGGCCAUGAAGGUCCCCAUCCACAGCGUCUCGGUGACUAAGGAGAUGAGCCACAUCUUGGUGGGUCUGGAGGAUGGGAAGCUGAUUGUGGUGGGAGCAGGGCAGCCGUCUGAGGUGAGGCCAGGCCAAUUCCACAGGCGGCUCUGGCGGUCGACGCGGCGCAUCUCCCAGGUAUCAUCCGGCGAGACAGAAUACAACCCGAUGGAGUCCAAAUAGCUGCCCUGGCUCAGAUGUCCGCCUUCCAGUUGCUUUGCGCCUGCAGCAGAGGGACCCAAGAUCUCUCCGGCCUCGUCUGCUGGGGGUGUCUUCAGCCACUUCCCCGCUAGCGGCCUGCUGUCGACGGCCUCUUUGCGCAGCCCUUGGUUUUGUAGCCAUGGAAAUUGCCUCCGGGAUCGCUAUGCAGACUGGAGGCCCGUCCCCUCUCACACAGGGCUCCGAGGGUGGGUGCGCGCAGGACAAUCUCCGGAGGGGGGGCUCUCGAGAGUCCACCCAACCGGUUCCCUCCCUGUAUCUUGAUUACUGUUGUUAUUAUUAUUAUUAUUUGAUUCCUGUGGAGCUUGAAGUGGCAAAUGUUUGUAUCCGUCAUCUUACACUGGAAAGAGAGAAAGAGGAUGAAGAAGGAACGGGAGGGCGUGGACUUUCACCGCCGCCCACUGCCCAGCAGGAAACAAAAUGCAAUAGAUGCACGCCAGCCUCGAGACGGCGGACUGGUCUUCCUCCAGUGGCCUUAAGCAGACCCUUUUCUUGCACUACGUAGAAAAACUGCGCUGGAACCAAGGACUGCGGCGUAUCGUUUGCCCCAGCGGUCGGGGGAAACCAGUCUGCUGACUUGGAGGAAGCUUUAACAGCGAGCUGAAAAGGGAAACUAUCGCAGGCUGUUCUUCUCCAGUUGGAAGCACUCAGUGGUGAAGGGGAACCUAAUCUGUGCCAGGCAGACGAUAUUAGCAAGGCAGCCAACCAUGCAAGCAAGCGAGAAAGCAAAGGGGUGGGGUGAAUAGGCAGGCGUGCCCUAUCUUGUUGGGUUGUUUUCCCCUCAGUUUCUGCAGGGAUUGGGUUACUUAUAGGUGACUUUGGGGGGGAUUUGACUUUAUGGGGAGGAGUAUCAGGCACAGUCUGUGAGUAUCGGGCACAGUCUGUGAGUAUCGGGCACAGAUUCUGGUCCUCUGCGCAACUUCACCAGCAAUAAGCCCCUGCCUCUUGAUAGCCUUGUGUCUUCACGCGACCCUAGCAAGCCUUCCGCUCUAUCUUGAGGAGAGGGCCUGCGUAAGAUUUUGUGCAAUCUCAGCGAGAGAGGCCUGCUCUCCGCCUGCCUCGCUUCCCGGCCCUGCAAAGCGCAGCGCUGCCUUUUUGGACGAGGGCGACUCCCUGCCUGUUAUCCCAGUUGAAGCAAAGCAGGUCGGGAGUUUUUAAAAAGCUUUGAGGGAGCCAGUGUAGCUGCUGUCUCGGACAGGGUCUCUCGGUGGAAUCCGCAGCAAAGGGCUCGGUCACGCUCCGUGGUACGUCCGAGAGCGGGCCGUGCGUUGCUGUCCGUCCGGUUCCCUUUUAAGCACUUUUUUGAUAACCAAAACUGCUCAGCGUUGAAAGUGAAAUAAAGAUUGUGGUUCAGAA